GUCGCAUCGUGUGUGGCGCUCUUCUCUCGUUCGUGUCAGAUUGUGUCAAACAACGUGUGCAGUUUUCCUAAAAUAACGCGAGCGUAGUGCUUUUUUUCAAUUUCACAAGCCUAUAGCGCUGCGGUAUUCGGCUUCGUUUCUGUGCGUUUCGCAGUCUUAUGUGAUUUAGCUCAACCCGCGGGACACAUGCGCCACCUCUGAAAACAGCUUAGACAACGAACGUCCCAGAAAUUUCCCUGAAGUCCGCUGGUGUGCUUGGUGUGCACGAAAGGUUUCGUGGCUGAGCAACAUGGCCGGACGCGACGGUGUCAGCAUGGUGGCUAAACCACAGCGGCCAAGUUUCUUCUGGUACACGGUGGUACCGCUCGUCCUAAUCCUGAGCAUGCCCGUCACACUAAUGUGCGCCAUCUCCUUCGUGAUCACUCACAAGUCGUCUCCAUCCCUCGCCCUCAAGUCAGGAUUCGGGAAAUUCGUUUACAGCUCAUGCACAGACCAAGGCUUCGGCACGUGGGAGGCUUGGACAUUCGCUGUCGCCUUCACACUGUACAGCGGACUCUCGAUCCCGCUGCUCGCCGGAAAAGCAUACCGCGGCCCACCGACGUCCUCGGGAUUCAGGCCCGUCUACCGAAACUCGGGAUUCACUUACUACGUCCUGUCCAUGUUGAUCGCUGGCUACUUCCUGGUCGAGAAAGACUUGCCCGGUUACCCGAUCUACAAGGGCAUACCGUCUUUGGUCGUGGUGCUGACCAUCGAGGGUUUUCUCGUUUCGGCGCUUCUUUACGUGAAAGGAUUGACGAGUCCAUCUCCAGGAGAACACGGCCCCUCCGGAAGCGCCGUGUUCGACUUCUACUGGGGACUCGAGCUGUACCCUCGCGUGGGCAAGAGGUUCGACGUCAAGCUGUGGACGAACAGCCGAUUCGGGAUGAUGCUGUGGCAGCUUCUCGUGCUGGUCAGCUGGAAGGCCCAGGUGGAGACCUCGGGCUGGAACUGGGCGAUGGCGGUGACGUCUUUUCUGCAGACUGCGCAUGCGGCGAAGUUCUUUUGGCGAGAGGACUCUUACAUGCAGUUCGAGGACGUCGUAGUGGACAGAUCAGGCUACUACUUAUCUUUUGGCUUUAUCGCCUUCAUGGGCCCGAUAUACGCAAUUUCGAACUUCUACAUGGUGGAGCACUGCCCAGACAUGAGCUUGGUCCCGGCAAUUUUUAUGACGGCCGUGGGACUGGUCGUGAGCCUGUUGGCGUACUUGUGCAACCGCCAGAAGCAGCUGGUCAGGGAAUCUCAGGGCGAUUGCUCCACCUGGCGAUCUCCAGCGAGGGUAAUCCGGGCAACGUACCGGGACAGCGCUGGCAAAGAAAAGACCGACGUGCUGCUGCUGUCAGGAUUCUGGUCGUUUUGCCAUCGACCCGACUACGUACUUGAGAUCCUCACCCACGUGUCCUGGGUGCUGCCAGCGGGAGGACAAAGCCUGGUGCCGUAUUUGAGCACCGUCUUUCACGCGUGCCUGUUGGCGCACACGGCGUACCGAUUCGAGAAACUGUGCGCGGAGAAGUACGGCCGCCAUUGGAGGGAGUACUGCUCCGUCGUCAAGUACAGAAUGAUACCUUACAUCUACUGAAAUGUCGAUGCUUAUGAAAAUGCUCGUGUAUGCUUUCAAUCUACGUCUGGUUUCAUGAAGGUAGUAAAUGAAGCUAAGAGGGAAUUUCCUUUUUCGUAGUUUGUCCAUGUUAUAAAAUACCCACUGCUAUCUGUC